CGUGCGCGUCCCAACAAGGACAUAAUGAAAGGGCAGGAAAAACCUUAUCUUUUAGAACAUACAAAGCAGUAAACUUUUUAGCCAAAUUUUGAGAAACAAAGUAACCUAAGACUAAGAGACCAAAAGACUGUAAUCAUACAUACAUACAUCCAUGGCGGCCUUGAGCUGCCAAUUUCAACCAACAUACUUUAUUAAUUCUAAAAAAAUGGUAAAGACAAAGCCAUUCAUCUGUUGCUCAUCAUCUCAAAACAAUGUGAAGGUAAUCAUAAAUGGAGCAGCUAAGGAAAUUGGCAGAGCUGCCGUAAUUGCUGUCACUAAAGCUAGAGGAAUAGAAUUGGCUGGCGCUGUUGAUUCUAAUUUUGUUGGACAAGAUAUUGGACAGAUUUGUGACAUGGAAGAGCCUCUAGAAAUACCAAUAAUUAACGACCUUACCAUGGUUUUGGGUUCAAUAUCUCAGUCAAAAGCAACUGGGGUAGUCAUUGAUUUCACUGACCCUUCUAAAGUUUAUGACAAUGUCAAACAGGCAACAGCAUUUGGGAUGAAUAGUGUAGUUUACGUGCCCAGAAUUAAGCAAGAAACUGUCAUGGCUUUAUCUAUGUUAUGCGACAAGGCCAGCACGGGUUGUUUGGUUGCACCAACUCUUUCAAUUGGAUCCAUACUUCUACAGCAAGCAGCAAUUUCAGCUUCUUUUCACUAUAACAAUGUUGAAAUUGUUGAGUCUAGAGCUAAUCCACUGGAUUUUCCAACACAGGAUGCAGUUCAAAUUGCCAACAACCUUUCCAAUUUGGGUCAGCUGUAUAAUAGAGAUGACAUUUCUAGCGACAUUCCAGCAAGGGGUCAAGUUCUUGGGGAAGAUGGAGUACGUGUUCACAGCUUGGUUCUACCAGGGCUCCCGUCUAGUACAUCAAUUUACUUCUCAAGGCCAGGAGAGGUUUACACAGUAAAGCAUGAAAUCACAGAUGUGCAAUGUCUCAUGCCUGGAUUGAUUCUGGCCAUUAGAAAAGUUGUUCGCCUCAAGAACCUGGUCUAUGGCUUGGAAAAGUUUCUAUAAGAAGCAGACACUCAGAGGAUAAAGGGACUGUAGACAACACUGAGGUAUCUUGCUAAGAGUACAUGAAUGGAGAGAUAUGAAGACAGAUGCAGCCAGGAUAAAAAUUCCUAAAAUACGAAUGUUACAAAAAUGUCGGAUCACAAUAAGCAAAUUAUUAAACAUCUGAUAAAAUCUGAGAAUAUAUUAUUUUUCCCAUGUCGCCUAAAAGCCAAAAUAUAUAAAUUGUACUCACUGAAUAAUCC